GUUUUGGUCUGUGAUUUACCUGUGACAAUACAAGUCUUCGGCACACAACAAACGCAGACGGCUGCCAUGUGAUUCACUUCCUCCAGGCUGGAAGGCGGCCCGGUUGGGUGACUCUGAGAGGAGUCAUAGCGAUGAGAUAGGUCACGUCAUCCAGUGCCUGGAUCUUCCUGGUGUCAGUCUACGAUCUGAGAGAGAGGUGUUUUUCCAUCCACACACCGUCUGAGAGAUGGAUGGAUCCGCGGUGACAGGAAAGGGGGAUGAGGCGAACGUGAAGGAGAAGAAAGCGGAGGAGGUGGUGCACCUGAGGAGAACGAUCGGCCUGCUUCCUGCCGUGUCCUUCAUCAUUGGUACAGUGGUCGGCAGUGGCAUCUUCAUCGCACCCAAAGGAGUCCUGAUGAACAGUGGCAGUGUGGGGUUGUCCCUCCUGGUCUGGGGACUGUGUGGGGUCCUCUCCACAUUCGGUGCCCUGUGCUAUGCUGAGCUGGGGACUACUUUCACCAAGUCGGGGGGCCACUACACCUACCUCCUGGAGACCUUGGGGCCCUUACCCGCCUUCCUUCGACUCUGGGCAGAGUUCCUGUUCAUCAGGCCCGCGGUGGCGUCCUACGUGUCUCUGGCGUUCGGGCGCUACGUGGUGGAGCCCUUCUUCGCCCCCUGUGCCGCUCCGACAGCGCUGAUCCAGCUGGUCAGCAUCCUCGGAGUCACGUUUGUGGUGGCAGUAAACUGCUGGAGCGUGACCUUGGCCACUCGAACACAGGUCACAUUGACCUUGGUCAAGAUGUUUGCCCUGGUCCUCAUCAUCGUCCCUGGAAUCAUAGCAUUAGGGAGAGGUCAGACUGAAAACUUCCAGAAUGGCUUUGAGGUUGACACGAUAACCCUGGAUAAGCUUCCAUUGGCUUUCUAUUCAGGGCUCUAUGCCUAUGGUGGCUGGUUCUAUUUGAAUUUUGUCACAGAAGAGGUCAUUAACCCGAAUAAAAACAUCCCGUUGGCCAUCAUCUGCUCCAUGGUGACAGUGACGGUGUGCUACGUGCUGGUGAACGUGGCCUACUACACCACGAUGACUGCAGAUGAGCUGCUGGUGUCUGAAGCAGUGGCGGUGACAUUUGCCAACCGUGCUCUCCAGGGCAUGGCCUCUGUGGUGCCUGUGCUUGUGGCUGUGUCCUGCCUAGGAGCGCUCAAUGGUGGCUUCUUUGGAGCACCCAGGAUGCUGUUUGUUGGGGCCAGAGAAGGCCACUGGCCUGUACUGUUCUCUAUGAUCCACAUCCGUAGACAGACACCACUACCUGCCGUGUUGCUGCUGUACCCCUUGGUUAUCGUGAUGGUGGCCAGAGGAGAGAUCUUCCAGCUCAUCAACUUUGCCUCCUUCUCCCGUUGGUUCUUCAUCGCCUUGGCAACCAUGGGAAUGCUCAUCCAUCGCUACCGCUUCCCACACCACCCAAGACCCUUUAAGGUGCCCCUGGUCAUUGCAGUGACCUUCACUGUGGUGUGCUUCUUCAUCGUGGGGCUGUCCCUGUACUCAGACCCCUGGAACACAGGGUGCAGCUGUGCCCUCACCUUGUCAGGGGUCCCUGUCUACUACCUGACCAUCCACAGCUCACGUCUACCCCCAAGACUGAGGCGCACCUACAACUACUGCAGCAAACAGCUCCAGAUCCUACUAGAGGUGGCUCAGCAGGAGGUGAAGACCUACUGAACAUCCUGACCCCACCUCCCUUCACACACACGGCCUGCUGCUCCUAUCCCAUAUUCAAGUCAUAUUCAAGUACUAGGACCCAUAACAAACUCGCUGUUCAACUACGAUAAAAGGAACAAUAAACAAAUACAGCAACUUUCCCCCCCCCCCCAAGUACAGUAACUGGCUCAUGUUUCGAAAUGGAGUAAAUGUGUCUUUCAAUGCAUGCAAAGAAACGGAUUCAUCGGAUUUAUGUAAUACCAUCUAGUGAAAGUUCUUUAAGUUGCACCUCCUCAAAUCUUGUCAAAACAAUAAGCAGAGACAAACCAUCUUCUUGUAAUUUAUAUCAGAUCAUUCAAAUUGCAUUGACAUAAAAAGGUAAUACAACAGGUUUGCUUUGCUACAAUAUGAUCUGAUAUGGUAUGAACCUUUUCUAGACCUUUCCAAAUGGUGAACUCGUAAUAGAAUACAAUUUAAUGACAGACAGAAUGUAAAAAGGAUUGAAGUUGACCAAAGUUGACAUUUGUACUUUUUCUGUAAUUUGUCAUGUUCUGAUAACUACAGUGAUUAAAAAGGGAAGUUUUGAAAACAGAAAACCUUCUGAACAAUAUUCCCAAGAGCAGCACUUUUCAAACUUUCAGAACAAUCACCCAAAAACAAAGAA